CCAUGGCGGACACCCAGUACAUCUUGCCCAAUGACAUCGGUGUGUCGGCCUUGGACUGCCGAGAGGCCUUCCACCUGCUCUCGCCCACGGAACGCAUCUAUGCCCACUACCUGUCUCGGGCCGCCUGGUACGGCGGCCUGGCUGUGCUGCUGCAGACCUCCCCAGAGGCCCCCUACAUCUACGCCCUGCUCAGCCGCCUCUUCCGGGCCCAGGACCCGGACCAGCUGCGCCAGCACGCCCUGGCCGAAGGCCUCACUGAGGAGGAGUAUCAGGCGUUCCUGGUCUACGCGGCGGGCGUCUACUCCAACAUGGGCAACUACAAAUCCUUUGGCGACACGAAGUUUGUCCCCAACCUGUCCAAGGAGAAGCUGGAACGCUUGAUCCUGGGCAGCGUAGCUGCUCAGCAGCACCCCGAAGAAGUUGGGGGCCUCUGGCAGACCUGCGGGGAACGCAUGUUCUCUCUGGAGCCUCAGCUCCGGCACCUGGGGCUGGGGAAGGAGGGCGUCACCACGUAUUUCUCUGGAGACUGCACCUUGGACGAUGCCAAGCUGGCCCAAGACUUCCUGGAUUCUCAGAACCUCAGUGCCUACAACACUCGGCUCUUCAAAGAGCUGGGCCAGGAUGGGAAACCCCGCUAUGAGGUGCGCCUGGCCUCCGUGCUUGGCACAGACCCUGCUCUGGACUCGGAUGUGACUUCCAAGUUGAAGAGCUAUGAAUUCCAGGGUAGCUGCUUCCAGGUGACCCGGGGGGACUACUCGCCCCUCCUCCACAAGGUGGUAGAGCACCUGGAGAAAGCCAAGGCAUAUGCCGCCAACAGCCACCAGGAGCAGAUGCUGGCCCAGUAUGUGGACAGCUUCACCCAGGGCUCCAUAGAGGCCCACAAGAGGGGUUCCCACUUCUGGAUCCAGGACAAAGGCCCCAUAGUGGAGAGUUACAUCGGGUUCAUCGAGAGCUACCGCGACCCCUUUGGCUCCCGAGGAGAGUUCGAAGGCUUCGUGGCCAUGGUGAACAAGGCCAUGAGCGCCAAGUUCGAGCGUCUGGUGGCCAGCGCGGAGCAGCUGCUGAAGGAGCUGCCAUGGCCCCCUGCCUUCGAGAAGGACAAGUUCCUCACCCCCGACUUCACCUCCCUGGACGUGCUCACCUUCGCCGGCUCCGGCAUCCCCGCCGGCAUCAACAUCCCCAACUACGACGACCUGCGGCAGACGGAGGGCUUUAAGAACCUGUCGCUGGGCAACGUGCUGGCCGUGGCCUACGCCACGCAGCGGGAGAAGCUCACGUUCCUGGGCGAGGACGACAAGGAUCUGUACGUGCGCUGGAAGGGGCCCUCCUUCGACGUGCAGGUGGGUCUGCACGAACUGCUGGGUCACGGCAGCGGCAAGCUCUUUGUGCAGGAUGAGAAAGGAGCGUUCAACUUCGACCGGGAGACCCUCAUCAACCCGGAGACGGGGGAGCAGAUCCAGAGCUGGUACCGGAGCGGGGAGACGUGGGACAGCAAGUUCAGCACCAUCGCCUCCAGCUACGAGGAGUGCCGCGCUGAGAGCGUGGGCCUCUACCUCUGCCUCAACCCCCUCGUGCUGGAGAUCUUUGGCUUCGAGGGGGCUGACGCCGAGAAUGUGAUCUAUGUCAACUGGCUGAACAUGGUCCGGGCGGGGCUGCUAGCCCUGGAGUUCUACACCCCGGAGGCCUCCAACUGGAGGCAGGCCCACAUGCAGGCCCGGUUUGUCAUCCUGAGGGUCUUGCUGGAGGCUGGCGAGGGGCUCGUCACCAUCACUCACACCACGGGCUCCGACGGGCGGCCAGAUGCCCGGGUCUCCCUAGACCGCGGUAAGAUCCGUUCUGUGGGCAAGCCCGCCCUGCAGUGCUUCCUGCGGAGACUACAGGUGCUGAAGUCCACAGGGGACGUGGCCGGGGGGCGGGCCCUGUACGAGGGGUACGCAGCCGUCACAGACACGCCCCCCGAGUGCUUCCUCACCCUCAGGGACACGGUUCUGCUGCGCAAAGAAUCUCGGAAACUCAUCGUUCAGCCCAACACCCGCCUUGAAGGCUCAGAAGUGCAGCUCCUGGAGUAUGAGGCCUCGGCUGCUGGCCUCAUCCGAUCCUUCUCCGAGCGCUUCCCUGAGGAUGGGCCCGAGCUGGAGCAGGUCCUCACCCAGCUGGCCACGGCUGAUGCCCGAUUCUGGAAGGGGCCCCGUGAGGUCCCAGCUGGCCAGGCUUGAGGAAGCUUUAUGCGGCCCUUCCACUCCAGCAAACCGGGGCUUUGGCUUUAGGCUUGUAUUUGGAGGGGCUGGGGGGAGGGGCAGGAGCUCUGACCUUGGUGCUAGCUCAAGGCAGGAGGGUGGUGACACUGAGCCCUCCCACGAGUCAGCACCUCCCACAUUUCCAAGUGCUUCCUCUCCGGGUUGCAUUCAUCCUUGCCGUCAACUAGGGAGUUGGCAAGACGGGGUGGGGGGGGCUCCUUAUCCUGGUUUCCAGAAACGGAAAUGGAAGUUCUGAGAAGUGGCUUGUCUAGAUCCUGCAGGUGGUACUUGGCAGAGCCUGGACUCAAAACCUUGCCAAAUCCAGUGCUGUUCAUGUGUUACUUUUAGAACCAGAAAAAUAAACAUUAGAAGCAAACACCGCCUUA